AUGGAUCUUAUUAAUACUUAUAUUGAACGUUAUAAACAACAAUAUCUGUUAAGUCUGCUGCCGUUUUUUCGUGUUUAUAUAUCAAUAAAACAAUAUCCAUUAAUUUUUAAACCAAGUUAUUUUAUUCAACCGUUUUUUGAUCUUGUUACAUAUCCAUAUUGGCGUCUUGUUAUUGCUAGCGCAUGCAUAUAUGAAAAAGAAAUUAUAAUGUGGCCUCUAGUUGAUGGUUAUUCUGGAUGGUAAAAUCUUUAUAUUAAUUCUACUAUUUCCAAUUCAAAUAAUUCGUUAGAAAAGAAAAACCUUUCUAGUAAAGAAAUUUUCCUGGGCUCCGAUUCAUCCUAUAAUUCCUAUUUUUUUGAAAAAUCCUAUAUUUUGACCUAUAUUUCGAUUGAUUUUUCUAUUUUUCCUAUAUUUUGUCAAAAAAGUGGAAAAAUUUUACGAGACUUGACUUUUUCCUGAGGGGGAGUACAGGCAGGGUUGCCAGAUCAUCCGAAUUUUUCGGAAAUUUCCGAAUUUUCUAAGUUUUUCAGACUGCUUUCCGAAUUCAUCCGAAUUCUUGAGAUUUUUCCGAAUUUUUUUGAAUCGCAGUAUUUUUUAAAAAUUUCAUUUUGCAUUACAAUUUUCGAUAGAACUUUUGAUAGAUUUCAUAUUGCGCCAUCUUUACUAUCCUGUAAUCAUUAGUAAUUGAUUUUAUUCUGACAGACAAGAAGGGAAGGGAGAGAAGAUGCAAUAUGAUACGCAUCUUUUUUCAAAUUUCAUCUAAGAGUUCUCAAAAUAGCUUCAAUCAAUGUUUGGUUUUCGAAUAAGUCAUAUGAAUGACUAGUAUCUCUAGAAAGCGUAAUCUAAAUAACAAUAAGGAUAUUGUUUUACUUUUUAAUGGUUAUAUUUUAGAAAGAUUGUUGAAUAUUGGUGCAAGAGCAAAUGAAUGCGUUCAAUCUGAUCACUUAUGUUCAUAUUUUUUAAAUAUUGACCCAAAGACAGUACCGAGUUUGAAACUAAUUGUUACCUAUGUAUUUUCUAUUCCAUGUAGCAGUUCUUUUCUUGAAUCAAUAUUCAGUCACAUGACUAACUUAUGAUCUGAUUAUCGAAAUUGAAUGGAUAUCGAAUUGAUGAAAUCUGAGUUAUAAAUCAGAAAGAAUUCCGAUAUUCCUUGUGCAAAUGUUCAUGACUUUCUUUUACUCAAGAGGAACUAUUGAAAAAAAAUAGCUUAAAAUGAAAUGUUUGUUCGAAAAAACGUCUUAGUAAAUGAACUUUAGUUUCUUUUUCAAUAAAUGUUUUGAACUGUACAGGGUGUUAAAUAACCUUUCCGCCCCCCUCUAUAACCUAAAGUAUCCAUGAUAUCACAAAUGUAUUU